AUGAGUACAAUGUAUUUAUCCGUUAUUAGCAAACAUAGCCUAGGCUAUUUGGAAGUUGGAAUGUUCUUAGUUUGCGGCCCAAUCAAUACGGUGGAUGGAAUAACUGGUCGGUAUAUCACAUUUGGACAAUUUCGUGAUCAAAUACGCCGAUUUGGUUCAUAUUUAAUGCAAAAUGGUUUCCGUAAAGGCGAUUGCUUAGCAAUUUAUUCUACAAAUGUAUUAGAAUAUGCUGCUGUUUAUAUAGGAACUUUGUAUGCUGGCGGUGUUGUUACAACCAGCAAUCCGUUAUAUACUGUCCGUGAACUCAAGCAUCAGUUCGAUAUUACCGAAGCAAAAUAUGUUGUUACUAAUCCUGAAUUUGUUGAUAACGUUGAAGAAAUUUGUAAGCUUGUCCCUAUUAAAGAACGCUUUAUUAUUGGAGAGCUGGAUGGAUUUACAAGCAUACGCAAUAUCUUAGAAGACGAUCGAUUAACGAUUCGAUUACCAGCCAGAACAAUGGCAGAAGAUGUCGCGGCUGUCCCCUUCUCAAGUGGAACUACUGGAUUAGCCAAAGGUGUUUGCUUGACACAUCGCAAUAUCGUUACUGCCUGUCAGGCGGCUGUUAGCCCAGAACAAUUUCUUUUGAAAGAUCCUGAGAUCUUUUUGUGUGUUUUGCCACUUUAUCACAUCUUUGGAAUGAUCGUCUGCAUGCUAGCGCCUAUAUACUUUGGCGUAACCGUAAUUAUGUUGCCUCGAUUUGAUCCACAAGUAUUUUUAAAAUGUGUGGAAAAAUACAAGGUAACAUACGCACCGUUAGUGCCUCCCCUUGUCGCAUUUUUUGCUAAGCAUCCUAUGGUUGAUAAGUAUGAUAUCUCAUCGAUGUGGCGAUCAUCAUGCGGCGCUGCUCCAUUAAGCAAAGAACUUCAACAAGCAGCUGAAAAACGUUUAAAAAUCAAGAUAUUGCAAGGUUACGGAAUGACCGAAACUACAGGUAGUGGUCACCUUAAUCCAUAUAAUUCUAUCAGACAUGGCAGCGUUGGACAUUUGAUUCCUUUCAUGAAAUGCAAGGUCAUUGAUGUAUUGACUGGUGAGACAUUAGGACCCUACAAGGAGGGUGAAAUUCUGUUGAAAGGUGCAAUGAUAAUGAAAGGUUACUUGAAAAAUGAAAAAGCCACCCAAAAUACAAUCGAUAAAGACGGCUGGUUGCACACUGGUGACAUUGGUUAUUACGAUAGUGAUGAAUUUUUUUACGUUGUGGAUCGAGUUAAAGAGCUCAUUAAAUAUAAGGCUUUUCAGGUUGCACCAGCGGAAUUGGAAGCCUUAUUAAUGACACACGACAACGUCAUGGAUGCUGCAGUGAUUGGUGUUCCAGACGAAGACUGUGGAGAAUUGCCAAAAGGAAUUGUAGUAGUAAAGCCUGGUGCAUCAGCUAAAGAUAUUUUGGAGUUUGUCAAUAAGAAAGUAUCACCACAGAAAAAAUUACGUGGUGGUAUCGAAUUUGUAAAAGAGAUUCCUAAAUCUGCUAGCGGUAAAAUAUUACGACGUGUCCUAAAGGAAAGGGAAGCUAAACGUAUCAAAAGUAAAUAUUAA